GCGGAAGUGGCGCCGGAGAGGGCGGAAGUGAAGGGCGGCCGACCGAAGUCGCCUCACGAUGGGCGAGAAGAAAACGUCGGCCCGGCUCCCCGAGGGGGGUCCCCGGCGGGUCCUGGACGCGCCGGCGCGGCAGCGGCGCCUGCACCGGCAGCUGGAGGCGCUGGAGAACGACAACUUCGGAGACGACCCCCAGGCGGGGCUGCCCCGGCCCGGGAAACGGCUCCCGAACUUCAGCGACGGCGCCGAGCCCGGGAAGAAGAAGAAGAAAACUCGGGGCGAUCACUUCAAGCUGCGCUUCCGCAAGAACUUCCAGGCCCUGCUGGAGGAGCAGAACCUGAGCGCGGCCGAGGGCCCCAAUUACGUCUCGGCCGGGGCCGCCCCGUCCCGGCUGCCCCAGCGCCAUUUCUGCGCCGUCUGCGGCUUCCCCUCGGGCUACACCUGCGUCACCUGCGGGGCCAGGUACUGCUGCACGCGCUGCCUGGGCACCCACCAGGACACCCGGUGCCUGAAGUGGACGGUGUGACCCCGCCCCCAACAUGGCUGCCACGUCCACGCCCACAAACAUGGCUGCUGUGACUCCGCCCCCCAAAAUGGCCACCGCGAACGCGUCUUGUUUGGUCCCGCUCCUAAUAUGGCUGCCGUGGCUCCACCCCCAAGAUGGCCACCUUGGCCCAGGUCAAAUAUGGUCGUCUCGGCCCCGCCCCCAACAUGGCUGCACCCCCGUCCUGAGCCCCACCCCCAAGAUGGCAGCCAUGACCUCGCCCUCAAGAUGGCUGCCGCGGCCACAGCCCCAAAAUGGCUGCCGCGGCCGCACCACCAAGAUGGCCGCCUUGACUCCACCCCAAGAUGGCCGCCAUGGCCACACCCGCCCAAGAUGGCCUCCAUAGUCAUGCCCCAAGAUGGCCGCCUUGUCCCCACCCACCCCAAGAUGGCCACCAUGGCCCCGCCCACAAGAUGGCGGCCAAGCCCCCUUUGACCCCAAAUCCGAAUUUUUUUCCCGCCAAAAUCUUUGGGAUCGAUUUUAUUGGGGGAGGAGCUACCGGGGGGGCGGGGCUAAGGGAAGGGGGCGGGUCCUCGGGAAUUGGGGGGAAAAUUCUGGGCGGAGCCGCGCCGCCAUUGGCCGGCGCCGCGGGGUCCAAGAUGGCCGCCCUGGGCUCUGAUUGGACGAACGUCCCGUGCGGGCUCCGCCCUUUCGUGAGAGCCGGGAUCCUAUUGGCUGCUGGGGGCCACGCCCUGGGAUCGAGCCACGCCCUUUUUAGGGGUAGCCCCGCCCGCAACGAUGAACCGCGCCCCGUUGCGUGUAAGCCACACCCCCUGUAGGGACAAGCCCCGCCCACCAAUCCAAGCCGCGCCCCUUUGGGGCCCAGCCCCGCCCCUCUUGAGCACACCACACCCCCAAGAUUAACCCCGCCCCCUCUGGUCCAGGCCCCGCCCCCACAACCCGUCCGGGUGCCCAGGCUCCGCCUCCCGUGACGUCACCAGGGCGUGGUCCCUCCGCGGCCAAUCGGCGUUUGCUCCGCCCCUCGCGGGCGGGGCGCGGCCGCCUGCAGCUGUGGGGAUAAUGAGACGCAAAUGAGAUGCAAAUGAGAUGCUGAGGGGACAAGUGAAUGAAAAGGGGUGGGCGUGGCUGGGCGAGGGGCGUGGUCAGUGUGGGUCUUUCCUGGGGGUGGGGCUCACUGGAAGGGCGUGUCCCAUCUGGGGGUGGGGCUUGUCCCAUCUGUGUGGGCGUGUCCCAGGUGGCCACACCCACCUGGAGGGUGUGGCUCGAUGGGGGCGUGGUUUAUAACCUUUCUCACUGGAUGGGCGGGGCUCAAUGUGGGCGGGGUUUCUUUAAUUUCUCACCUGGUGGGUGGGGCUAAACGUGGGCGUGGUUAAAUAAAUUUCCCACCUGGUGGGUGGGGUUUAACCCGGUGGGCGUGGCCUGAUCCACUUAUGGGCGUGGUUUAUUAAAUUUCUCAUCCUGUGGGUGGGGUUUAACCCGG